GUGCUGUUAUCAAAAUUCCCACUCCUGCCUCUCCAUUAUUUAACACCAAGAAAGUAUUCAGUUAUUCAUUAUUCUGACCACUGCAUUCCCACUUUGCAGUUAAGCUGUGGCCACCAGCUGAAGAGGUUUAUAUUGUGAUGUGACUUGGUGCCAGUCUCGUGAAAAUGGACAGGAAACAACUUAGGAGAAAGCAACGGAUUCCAAGGAAUGUCCUUGUCGAAUAUCAUCCUCAAUUACAAGCUCUCGUGCUUUUUGGCGAACUCCUUGAGUGCUACACAUCAUGGAAGGAGAAUAACAUUCUGGCCAUAGACAUCAGCAUCUUGGACAAUCUGUCAGGCCAUCUGAAGCAGAUGCAAAAGUCCCUGGUGAAGUUCAUUCGCGGAUUCACGCUGGAAAUCCACCGACAAAUCAAGAUCAUUGAGUUCUUCCAGCGCGUUCCAUCAUCAGCAAUCCAGCGUGAGAUCCGUCUCACCCACUUGUUCAAAUCUCCCUGCCUCUCAACCACCCUCUCAGCUCAAUAUCUCGACUUAUCGGACGUGCCACUGGCUGAAAUUCAAGCGGUGCUGAGGCAGGAGUCGAGAUUAAAUGAGCAAAUAUCGAGAACGCUGGGUCUUUAUCGUGAAUGGGACGAAGGCAAGCAAAUAGGGGCAGUAUUCAGUCAAUUACUCGGUCACAAGCUAUAUGAUUCAUCAUCAGUGUGGUUGAGAAUACAGCCACGAGCCAAUAUCUACAAUUGUAGAGACACAAUCCAAUGCACUCUGGGCGAGUAUCUGGACAACAGGGAGGAAUAUCAACGCAUUCUCGAGUGUAUCUCGCACUUUCCGCUCGAUGAACUUAUUCAGAUGAUCUACUGUCUACCUCCGGCAAUUCUCAGGAGCGAUAUUCUCACAGCAUUCACACCUAGGAUCCUUGAAAGUGCACCGUGGACUAUUGAAUCUCAGGCCCUAAUUCUCAGCAAUAUCAUUCUCAAGGGUGUGGAGCAAGAAGGCAAAUAUGAAAACACCUUGGAUCACCUCCUGACCAAGCCCUUCGAUCUCAUUGAAGUGUUGCUGAUGAAUCAAGAGUGGAAACUUCUGGACAGAGUAAUUCCAGCCAUGUCAGACUAUCUCUCCAGUGACUCUUGUCCCCAUUGCCAUCAGCAUGAGGACUUCUUUCAGAAUCGAGCCACAUUUCUGGAUGAUCACACAUCCAAACCCCUGACGAUCGACUGUCUGGAUAAUUUGCUGAUCGUCUAUGCUCUGCAAUCUUUGGACAUCGAGAUUGUUCUUCCAGGCUCAGUCCACUCCUCUUCAAGCUUCGAGAACAUCGCCCUGGACUUUGAAAUGCCUGCUCAGGCGCCAUCCAAGGAUGAGUGGAUCCCUGACGAGGCCGUCACUGCCUGCAUGGCCUGCAAAUCAACGACAUUCUCAAUGCUGAGACGACGACACCACUGCCGACGAUGCGGGAGAGUCGUUUGCAAAAACUGCUCUGGUCAGAGACGCCGCAUUCCCGACAUGUACCGCAAUCUCCGCGUGCGCGUGUGCGAUGACUGUGUUCGCUGGGAAGAGAAGUCCGUCACUGCCACUCCCGCGAAGGUGCGUCUCCGCUCCGAUGACGACAUGUGGAUUUUCUCAGGAGACCACAACGAGGAUCACAUGUUGCGCGAUCAGUUCGCCUUCGAGGACGCUCCCAGCGCUGCGCUUUGUCUCACCAUCCUUGGCCACCACUCGUCCGAUCUCAACGCAGUGAAAUUUCUGCUCUGGGAAUGUGAUCGCCUCGAAUCACUUUUGCGGCCCAUCCGUCCAGGACUCUCCAAUCCCGAAAUUGACUACUGUGCCGUCGCCAAGAUGAUGAAGUGCCUCGCGAUAGCAGCAAAGAUACGCGUACACCAUCCCGCUUGCGACGACUUCAAAUUGAAAGCCGACAUAAUUCUAAUGUUGAUUGAUGAGAAAUGCGAAGCGCUGCUGCCAGUGGAGCGUCUCACAACACGCGAUAGUCUGAGGAAGCUGAGAGAUAAUCUACUAUCAGCUGGUGUUUGGCAAUUGGCCCUCGAUAUCUCCGUCAAGUGUGGCUUUGCGUGUGCGGGAGUCAUGCAGGCGUGGGGUCUGGACUGCCUGAAGCAAGGUCACUAUGCGUUGGCACGCGAGAAGAUGUCCCACUGUCUGCAGAGUCUUGUGCCAGAUGGCUUCCUAGACGCGAUCGCGCCCAUGAUGACGAAGCGAGCGAAGCUCGAUGUUUGGGACAGUCUCAGUGCAGUUGAUCGUCCUAAGCGCUCAUCUGCCGUCCUUGUGGAUAUUCUCGCGAUCUUGCGCACCUCCGCUGAUCGAGAAUUUGCAUACGCCGAGAGUGUCUACUACGUGAUCACGUACGGAUCGCACGAGGAAAUCCUCUCGCUGCUGAUGCACCACAACAAGCUGCACACCGCCUUGCUGUACACACUCUCGCAGAAGGUCUCCUACAGCACGUUCAUGUCGAUCAUCUUCCUGCCGCAGCUACAACUGGGCCAAGAGGUGGCUGUUCUCAGCAGCAUGAAGAAGAUCGACUCGACUUUGUGGCGUUGGGAGUCUUUCGUCAAAAGAUUCUGCUGGUAUUUGGAGACACAGCGCAAAUUUGAAUCUCUCUACAACAUGCAAAUUCUCAUGAAUGACCCCAUCAGAGCCUCGAUGACAUGCAUUCAGUUCUACAGCAUGAAUGCCCGAAAUUACACAGAUCUGCAGAACAAUUUGCGCUAUUUGAUCACUGCCAAAAUGCAUUGCCUCUCGGAGAUGCACAAUCUCGAGUACGGAGAGCCAGUGAAGGAGGUCGUGAGAAUAACGAUGGACAUUGAGUCACUGCAGAAGCACAUUGAUACAAUCGAAAUCCAGAUUGACAUCACGGAAUUCCUCUCGAGCGCCGAGGAGAACGGCGAAGACAUUAUGGAUAAUGUGAAGAAACUUAGUGGCAAGUCUGCUGGCGACGCUCCACCGACACUCUUUGGGAAUGCCUCGGAAGCAUCCAUCACAGCCAUUCUGACCAUGGUUUCCGGAAACAGCCUCAGGAGAAACUUCUCUCUAGUCAAGAUAAUCCUAAAAGUUGUCUCCUUGCCAGUGGACAAGAUCUACGACAGUUGUGCCAUUUUCUUGGCCACCGAGAAUCGCUUUCGAGACAUCAAAGAGAUGAUCAUCUGCGCCAGGGACUCCAGACACGAUAUCAACUUUGACAAACUCAUCUAUCUGGCUGUGAAGAGUGCAAAUCUUCUGGAUGACAUCCAGAAGCAGGACGAUAUCGUCAAUAUAUCCUCCUUGAUUGAAUUAAUCUGUGACGUGGCAGUCAAAAUCAAGUGUUACACGCAUAUAGGGCAUCUUAAGACGGCUUAUCUCCUUGCUGUUCAAAGCAAACGCAUCGAGGAUCUUCGCAAGAUCGCCAAGCGUGCUCAGGCUACGAAACAAAUUCAAAUCCGAAGACUGUGUGAAAAAUAUUUCGCAGACACUUCCCACGUUUCCCCAAGAUCCUAAAUUCCAAAUUUGAUAUUCAGAGC